CCUUUGUUUUGAGUGAAACAGCUUUUGCUGAGUACAAUUUUGUGUCCGUCUUCCUUGCUGGCCUCGCUUCGAAAAGAAGCUCAGAGUAGCAGCAAUGGCGACGUCUACGAAGACGUCCCAGCUUUCCUGUCGAUUCUACGGAGCCAGAUAUCCAGAGGUCGAUGAUGUGGUCAUGGUCAAUGUCCAGGAUAUUGAGCAUGUUGGUGCCUAUGUACGUCUGCUCGAAUACAAUGAUAUAGAAGGAAUGAUCCUGCUCAGUGAGCUGUCCAGACGGAGAAUCCGAUCUAUUAACAAAUUGCUCAGAGUGGGAAGGAAUGAGUGCGUGGUGGUUAUUCGUGUGGACAAAAGUAAAGGUUACAUUGAUCUGUCAAAGCGCAGAGUGUCAGCAGAUGACAUCAGGAAAUGCGAAGAGCGAUACACCAAAGCCAGAGCAGUAAACAGCAUCCUGCGGCAUGUUGCUGGUAAGCUCAACUACGACAAUGAAAAGCUCGAAGAGCUGUACACGAAAACAGCGUGGGCGCUGGAAACUAAGCACAAGAAGCCGGCGUAUGCAGUCUUCAAGCAGAUCGUUUCGGAGCCCGAAUUGCUAGAUGACUGUGAGCUUACGCCAGAGGAGAGCAAACUGCUUAUUGACGACAUCAAGCAGAGACUGACGCCUCAGGCUGUCAAGAUCAGAGCUGAUGUGGAAGUGGCUUGUUAUGGCUAUGAGGGUAUCGACGCUGUGAAGGAAGCGCUCCGUGCUGGCCUGACGGUCUCAACAGAGGUCAUGCCCAUCAAGAUCAAUCUGAUUGCACCUCCACUAUACGUCAUCACCACCACAACACUUGAGAGAACAGAAGGUGUGGCAUCGCUGCAGAAGGCAAUCGGCUCCAUCAAGGAGAAAAUCGAGGAGUAUGACGGCCACUUCAAUGUCACCAUGGAGCCGAAGGUGAUGACCGAUUCUGACGAACAGGAGUUGGCGAAGCGAAUGGAGCAGUUGGAGCUGGCCAAUCAGGAAGUGGAUGGUGACGAUGAUAUCGAGGAUGACGACAACUGAUUAUGAACUUUUUUUAAAUAAAAAAAUACUUUCCUCCCAAGUUCCAGCUUCUAGGCCUGCGCUCUGCUGAACAGCUACCAUUAUACAUCGAAGAGUGGGUCACAUAAUUAUGGUAAUCGUCAGUUUUGUGUUACUUCGUUUGAGGUCUUCCCUGGCACUGGGAUAACAGGACUUGCUGUGCAUGCCACCCGGAACGGGAAUAGACUACUCACUUGGGCUGACAUGGCCGUGAUUUUUCAUCUGCUCAUUGCUCUCUUGCGUAACGGUUGAUUUCUGACUGCUAGCUACUUCGAAGUAUUUUCUGGGCUGUGACCAUCCAGUGUCGACACACACAUUUGUGGGAAGUACAAUGUAGGUGCUCGAAAAGAGCCUUUGCCGGUGCACUUGUAGAAAAUGCAAUUAUUUCAAAAUGA